CGGGCCCCGAGAGGUCGGACCCGGUGUGGGGACCCGGCACAAAGGCCGGGGCCCGGAGCAUGCCGGGCGCUCGGGCGGGGGCCGCGGCCGGAGCCCGGGAGCCGGGUCGGGGCCGGGGUCGCGUCCCGGUCCGGUAGCGAGCCGGGCGCAGGUGGGGCCACGCGGCUCACCCGGAAGAGGCCGCGAGGGUCCCGGUGCGGACUCCCUCGCGGGCCCCGGCCCGGGACGCGAGCCCUGGCGUUCUCCGGAGGGGUGCGGCUGGCGGUGCGCGGGCCGGCGGCCUCCCCCUGUCCCCCCCGGGUCACCGGCGCCGGGUCCGGGCACUGCGUGGGCGCCGCAGGGGCGUUCCGCCAGGGCUGCCCUCCGCGGUCGGCGACCACCCCGCCUGCGCCGGGAUGGACCUGGAUACCACGCUUUAUUGCGCCUUUUUUUUGUCGACUUCUUCAGACGGAAGGCCAAGGCAAGGGCCUGCCCGGCUCCCUGCCCUGCCGGGCCGCGAGGUGGGCCGCAAGAAAGGCCUUAUUCUGCGAAAAGCCAAGGGCCACGCCACAAAUGUCUUGUACCGAGCAAUGGGUCUCAUUACAUACAAGACAAGUGCAUUGGAAGGCUUUGCAUUCAGACGCGAGAUUUUCCUUGCUCCUACUUAACUUGGAGGAAUACUACUUUGAACAACAUACAGCCAAUCAUAUUCAGAACAAGGGUGGUCACAACGAAAGGAAAAUCAGAGGCUCCUUAAAAAUAUGUUCAAAAUCAGUUAUUUUUGAACCAGAUGCAAUAUCCCAGCCCAUCAUUAAGAUUCCUUUGAGAGAUUGUAUAAAAAUAGGAAAACAUGAAGAAAAUGGAUCCAGUAGACACUUUACAAAGGCAAAAUCUGGGGCGAUUUCACUCCUUUUCAGUCAGGUAUAUUUCAUUAAAGAACACAAUAUCGUUGCGCCGUAUAAAAUAGAAAGGGGCACAAUGGAGUAUGUUUUUGAAUUGGAUGUUUCAGGGAAAGUGGAAGAUGUCGUGGAAACGUUGCUUCAGCUUCACAGAGCGUCCUGCCUUGACAAACUUGGGGACCAAACUGCUAUGAUAACCGCUAUUUUGCAGUCGCGUUUGGCUAGGACAUCAUUUGACAAGAACAGAUUCCAGAGUGUUUCUGAAAAGCUGCACAUGGAAUGCCAGGCAGAAAUGGUGACCCCGCUGGUGACGAACCCUGGACACGUGUGCAUCACGGACACAAACCUGUAUUUCCAGCCUCUCAACGGCCACCCGAAACCCGUGGUGCAGAUAACACUUCAGGAUGUCCGCCGCAUUUACAAGAGGAGACAUGGCCUCAUGCCUUUGGGCUUGGAAGUGUUUUGCACCGAAGAUGACCUCUGUUCUGACAUCUACCUGAAGUUCUAUGAACCUCAAGACAGAGAUGACCUCUAUUUUUAUAUUGCCACGUAUCUAGAGCACCACGUCGCGGAGCGCACGGCCGAAAGCUACACCCUGCAGUGGCAGCGCGGGCACCUCUCCAACUACCAGUACCUCCUGCACCUCAACAACCUGGCCGACCGCAGCUGCAACGACCUCUCUCAGUACCCGGUGUUUCCGUGGAUAAUAAACGAUUACUGCAGCGCAGAACUGGAUUUGUCCAAUCCGGGAACGUUCCGGGAUCUCAGCAGGCCAGUAGGGGCUCUAAACAAGGAACGGCUGGAAAGACUUCUGAGCCGCUACCAGGAAAUGCCAGAGCCAAAGUUCAUGUACGGCAGUCACUACUCUUCUCCGGGCUACGUGCUGUUUUACCUUGUUAGGAUCGCACCAGAGUACAUGCUGUGCCUGCAGAACGGAAGGUUUGAUAAUGCAGACAGAAUGUUCAACAGUAUUGCAGAAACUUGGAAAAACUGUUUGGAUGGUGCCACAGACUUUAAAGAGUUGAUUCCAGAAUUCUAUGGCGAUGAUGUCAGCUUUUUAGUUAAUAGUCUGAAGUUGGAUCUGGGCAAGAGACAGGGAGGGCAGAUGGUGGAUGACGUUGAACUUCCGCCCUGGGCACGGAGUCCCGAGGACUUUCUCCAGAAGAGCAAAGAGGCGUUGGAAAGCGGUUACGUGUCCGAACACCUUCAUGAGUGGAUCGAUCUAAUAUUUGGCUACAAGCAAAAAGGCACCGAUGCUGUUGGGGCCCAUAAUGUAUUUCAUCCGCUGACCUACGAAGGAGGUGUAGACUUGAACAGCAUCGAGGACCCUGAUGAGAAAGUGGCCAUGCUAACCCAAAUCUUGGAAUUUGGGCAGACGCCAAAACAGCUCUUUGUGACGCCCCAUCCUCGACGGAUCACCCCAAAGUGUAAAAGUUUCUCCCAGACCUGCGGUCAUAAUGCUCCCCUAGUGGAUUCUCCAGUCUCUCCAGGUGAAGAGUCUUUUGAGGACCUGACCGAAGAAAGCAAAACACUGGCCUGGAAUAACAUCACCAAACUGCAGUUACACGAGCGAUAUAAAAUCCACAAAGAGGCGGUUACUGGAAUCGCAGUGUCUGGCAACGGCUCGUCCGUCUUCACCACGUCGCAAGACUCCACCCUGAAGAUGUUUUCUAAGGAAUCCAAAAUGCUACAAAGAAGUAUAUCAUUUUCAAAUAUGGCUUUAUCAUCUUGUUUGCUUUUGCCAGGAGACGCCACGGUCAUCAGUUCUUCAUGGGACAACAAUGUCUAUUUUUAUUCUAUAGCGUUUGGAAGACGCCAGGACACGUUAAUGGGACACGACGAUGCCGUUAGUAAGAUCUGUUGGCAUGACAACCGGCUGUAUUCCGCAUCGUGGGACUCCACAGUGAAGGUGUGGUCCGGGGUUCCUGCAGAAACGACAUGCCCCAAAAGACACCGGUUUGACAUGCUGGCCGAGCUGGAACACGACGUCAGUGUAGAUACAAUUAGCCUAAACGCCGCAGGUACGAUGUUGGUCUCGGGCACCAGAGAAGGCACAGUGAGUAUCUGGGACCUCACCACGGCCACCAUACUGCACCAGAUCCCGUGCCAUUCGGGGACCAUACGUGAUGCUGCUUUUAGCCCAGACAGUCGCCACGUCCUCAGCACAGGUGCAGAUGGCUGUCUAAACGUCAUAGAUGUGCAGACGGGAAUGCUCAUCUCCUCUAUGACUUCAGACGAGCCCCAGAGGUGCUUCAUCUGGGAUGGAAAUUCUGUUUUGUCUGGAAGUCAGUCUGGUGAACUGCUUGUUUGGGACCUCCUCGGAGGAAAGCUCAGUGAGAGAAUACAGGGCCACACAGGUGCUGUGACAUGUAUAUGGAUGAAUGAACAGUGUAGCAGUAUCAUCACAGGAGGGGAAGACAGACAAAUUAUGUUCUGGAAAUUGCAGUAUUAAGUGCCUUUUCCUCUCUUGAAUGUUAAGUCGAACUCUAUUUAAUGUAUUUUUAAACCAAACUUUGAAAUCAACUGGUGAAUGUGCAAUGAUGGUAUUCGAAGUUUUACCACACGGGGUAUUUGUGGUUUUAAACUUCCAAAAUCAUGGUGACUUCGUUGAAAGCCAUUGGUCGCCAUCCUCUAAGGCGGACAAAACGUGGUGGUGGUAGGGAGAAAACAUUACAUCUGUAAGGCAGGUGUUCGUCCCGGUCAGACAGCAGGUUUGAGUGGCAAAGAAAAGUAGCUAAGAGAUACAAAACGGAGUUGGGACAACUUCCAAAAAAUGCUGAGCAGCUCAGAAUUUUCCAAGAAAACGUGCAGUAUUCUCUGCUACUUCUGAGUCACGCUGUUUUGUCUUCCUUACCUACGAAAUUGCUGCCCAUUGGGUCCUUGGAUAUGUGUUUUCAUGGAGUGGUUUACUUUGUAUAACCUACUGUUCUCAGAUUCUAAGAACCUGGGGAAGGAUCAGCAAUUCUUGUAACAGUAAGUUUACUGUGUACAUGACAGUUUAUUUCAUUAUAGCUAUUAAAUGCUCAUCUUUUCUACAUUAAAAAUAUUUUUCUGUAAUGAAA